GCCCAUGUAUGCCAACAGCUUCAGGACGGCUUAGUCCGUACUCGUUAUUGACACAACCUCGGGCGGGACGACUGUGUUUUGGCGUUUUAAUGAGGACAGCGAGACUCAUUUACCUCUAAUGAUAGACUCGUAUUUGUGAUUGUCGUGUGAUUCAUUCAUGUGCAGUUGCGGGGACUUGGGACAGAUCGGCAGGUCAGGAAACUCUGGUCACCGUCAUGGAUGUCCGUCUGUCAGUGGUGUUGUUGUUGGGGUGUAUGGGGAUAACAUGGGCGACGGUGUGGAUGAAGGUGUCGGAGAAAGGCAUCAACACAAUCAGCACACAGGUAGUGGAGACGUAUCCCCAACGUGUAUUUGACCUUUCUGACCUCAUCCGAAACUCCUCACAGAUGCAGAUAUAUGGCGUUGACGUCCACUCCCCCAGUGGAGUGACGUCACGUGUGGAGGUGUCAAAGGUUACCAAUGGAGAGUUCAACGCUGAGUGGAAAGUACAGUCCCUGGUGAUUGACGUCAGGGGACAGGCCUCCGUUGGGGGAUUAAACUUUCGGAUUGACUCUCGGAUCCUACUGAGGGAUUCUAAGCUUUUCCUAAAGUACAUUAUAGGUAAGACAACUACUUGA